AUGAGCAACGACGAGAGUGUGGAGAAAAUCACCCAACAAGUAUCCGAACUAAAAACCGCCGACGUUAAAGAACAAGUUGUCACACCUUGGGAUGUGGAAGGUGGUGUUGAUGAACAAGGUAGAGCUCAAAAUAUCGAUUACGAUAAGCUGAUCAAACAGUUCGGUACCAAACCAGUUAAUGAAGAGACGUUGAAAAGAUUUCAACAGGUGACUGGCCGUGAACCACACCAUUUUAUGCGAAAGGGUUUAUUUUUCAGUGAGCGUGAUUUCACCAAAAUUCUAGAUCUUUACGAGCAGGGAAAGCCCUUUUUCCUGUACACUGGUAGAGGUCCCUCGAGUGAUUCCAUGCACCUGGGUCAUAUGAUCCCAUUCGUGUUCACGAAGUGGUUACAAGAGGUGUUCGACGUACCAUUAGUCAUUGAGUUGACUGAUGACGAAAAGUUUUUAUUCAAACACAAGCUAACGAUCAACGACGUCAAGAAUUUUGCCCGGGAAAAUGCCAAGGAUAUAAUUGCCGUUGGGUUUGAUCCAAAGAACACUUUUAUCUUCUCUGAUUUACAAUAUAUGGGUGGUGCGUUUUACGAAACUGUCGUCAGAGUCUCCAGACAAAUUACAGGAUCUACUGCAAAGGCCGUUUUCGGAUUCAACGACUCCGAUUGUAUUGGUAAGUUCCAUUUCGCAUCCAUCCAAAUUGCUACCGCAUUCCCAAGCUCAUUUCCUGAUGUUUUAGGUUUGCCUGAUAAGACACCAUGUUUGAUUCCAUGUGCCAUUGACCAAGAUCCAUACUUCAGGGUCUGUAGGGACGUAGCAGAUAAAUUAAAAUACUCUAAGCCCGCAUUACUGCAUUCCAGGUUUUUUCCAGCUUUGCAAGGUUCCACCACCAAGAUGUCAGCCUCUGAUGACACCACUGCCAUUUUCAUGACCGAUACACCAAAGCAAAUCCAAAAGAAAAUCAAUAAGUACGCAUUCAGCGGUGGUCAAGUAUCCGCCGAUCUACAUAGAGAAUUGGGUGGUAACCCCGAUGUCGACGUUGCAUACCAAUACUUGUCAUUUUUCAAAGACGACGAUGCUUUCCUAAAAGAAUGUUAUGACAAAUAUACAGCCGGUGAACUGUUGUCCGGUGAAAUGAAGAAGCUAUGUAUUGAAACUCUUCAAGUAUUUGUCAAGGCUUUCCAAGAACGUAGAGCCCAAGUAGACGAAGAGACUUUGAACAAAUUCAUGGUACCACACAAGUUGGUCUGGGGCGAAAAAGAAAGACUAGUGGCACCCAAACCAAAGGCAAAGCAAGAAAAGAAGAAAUAA